AUGGAGGUUACAACUCCAAGUUGCAAGUGGGUAGCUGACAGAGCUGUGGAUAUCCUUAGAGUUGAACCAAACAUAGGAACCAAGGAACUAAAAACAAGGUUGGAGACAAACCCACUGCAUAAGUGUACAAUUGGAUAUGACACUGUUUGUCGGGGUAAACGACGAGCUCUUGAAGAGAUUUAUGGGAAAUGGUCAGAUAGCUUUGAGCUAUUGUUUAGGUGGAAGGCCGAGGUGAUGAAGCGUAGUCCUGGGAGUGUUGUUGAGAUUGAUGUUCUUGAGGUAGAUGGUGAGAUAUAUUUCCACCGAUUUUUCUGUGCCUUCAAACCAUGCAUUGAUGGAUUCCUAGAAGGUUGUAGGCCUCAUUUGAGCGUAGAUGCUACAGCACUAAAUGGGAGGUGGAAUGGUCAUUUGGCUGCAGCAGUAGCAGUUGAUGGUCAUAAUUGGAUGUAUCCAGUCGCUUAUGGCUUCAUAGCUCAGGAAACAACAGCCAACUGGACUUGGUUUAUGGAACAAUUAAAGAAAGCUAUAGGUGAUCUUCCACUCCUUGCUAUUUGUUCUGAUGCUUGCAAGGGUUUGGAAAAUGCAGUGAAGAAUGUAUUCCCCCAUGCAGAGCAAAGGGAAUGCUUUUAUCAUAUGGUCAGAAACUUCAAGAAGAGAUAUAGAGGGUUUGGCCAGAUAUAUCCUGCUGCAAGGGCUUACACAGAGGAGAUUUUCUAUGAUAAUAUUGCAAAAAUGCUAAGUCAAUCACCUGCAGCUGUGCAAUGGUUACAUAACAAUCAUAAGCUACUGUGGUACAGGUGUGGUUUUAAUCCAGAAAUCAAGUGUGACUAUAUAACUAGUAACAUUGCUGAGUCAUUUAAUAACUGGAUUAGAGACCAUAAGGACUUACCAGUUGCUGACCUUGCUGAUAAGAUAAGAGAAAUGGUCAUGGUACUGUGGAACAAGAGAAGAAUUAUUGCACAUAGGCUACCUGAAGGCAGGAUACUCCCAGCUAUCAUGAUUCAGCUGAGGGCAAACACUAGAGUGACCGUCAGGGUCCCGACCACCAUCGUCACGCCGUGA